AUGGAAUGGUAUGCAUACGUGUUGCAUUGGGAGAACGAUGGUGAAAACAUAAAUCUAAUUUUAUGGAAUCCUUGGACGCGUGGGUAUAAGAUUUUGGCUAAAGCCAGUAGUACUCAUGAUAUAGAAUGUUACAACGGCAAUGGAGGUCUAUUUGGUUUGUAUUAUAGCUCUUCUAACGAAGACUACAAGAUUCUACAUGUAACCAAUCAUUCCAAUACUUAUAUAUACUCGUUGAAAUCUGACUCUUGGAGAAAGAUCCAGUUGUGGAGGAUGGAAGGAGAUGGAGAUUGGAACAAAGUUGAUGAGGAAUGGAAAAUGGUUUGUGCAUUCCAGUUGUUUUAA